AUGGAAUUAUUUGGAAAACCUUUAAAAGCAAAAAGAAAAAAGUGUUUUAUUACAUAUGGAGCUCCAAAAAUGUCUUUAAUAUUAUCACAUCCGUUUAAUUUUUCUGUUGAACUUUGUUUACGAAAAGAUGAUUCAAAAAAAGUUAAUUUUUUGCUUGAUAAAAGCACUUUUCCUAGAUUUAUUAUGUUAAAUGUUCCAUUGAGCUGGUUUCUUCGUGAUGAUGUUUUUAAUAAGCUUAUUAAAACUGAAAUAUUGUGUGCACUGUCCAUGAAUCAUAUAGAUACAGAUGACGUUGUUUGUGUCAAUAAAGGAAUAAUUAUUCUUUCUUUAACAAAAGAAACGUAUGAGAAAGCAGGGCUUGUGGGUAAAUUGUCUGCUUUUUCAAAGACACGAUCUAGAUGGAAUGUGACAUUGGAUAUGCGAGAUUCUUCUAUGAAAAAAGGGAAAAAAGGAUUUAAUCGAAUUUUAUGGAGUUUUGAAAAUAAUUUCCCGAAAGAUUUUUCUUUUAAAAUGUCAGCAUUGAAUGAAGGUGAUAUUAAAGUUAUUGAAGAAAUUGUUGGUCUACCUACUCGUCCUGUACAUUUUGAAGAGUAUGAAUUAGGACAAAUACCAUGUCCUUCUUUUUCUUAUCCAGAAAAAAUCUAUGAUCUAAAUUUAAAUAAAAUUAUUCGGAGAGAAUGGGCCAUAGAGAUAUAUGAAUGGUUAGCUUUGGUUUCUCUUAGAGCUGAUAAAUUAAAAACUCAGGAUAAUAUUGAUCCUUAUAUAUCUAUUUAUCAUAUUUCGAAUGCUUUGAAAGAGGAAGUUAUUACAUUUUUAUGGUCAGGUAUGAUUAGCUGCACAUGGAUAUCGAAUUUAUGGACAUCUUUAUUGAAUAUUCAAGAUAUGAAUUGGUUUUCUCUAACUGUCAGUGGUUUUGAAGACUCUCCUAUUAGUUGGGAAAACUGUGAACAUGGAUAUUUUUAUGGUGGAGAGAAUACAUAUACAUUAUUAAGACUUAAUAAUAAUAAUGAAAAACAUGUUUCAUAUAAUUUAGAUAAUAUUAUUCCACAUUUUCUAGUAUAUGAAUAUGUGAAUAGUUAUGAUCAACGUUCCUAG